AUGGCUGAUUGGAUAGAAACGUCCUCUGGCAACCGGAUCUCACGGUCCGCUCAUAUCUCAGGCUCGGACCGGAUCGUCAUAAAUGGAAAUGCUACUAUUCAUCCUGGCGUACAAAUCCACGGUGAUGUUCAACUUCUAGCAAACAAAAGCAGCACAGAUACUACCACUGCUACUUUAGGCAAGUUCUGCUACCUCCGUCCAAACUGCCAGAUCAUCCCACCCGUGCUUCAGGAGUGCUCAGAUCUGGACUCUACUACAUACCAUGGUCCUGUGACUAUAGGAGCUUACACUAUUAUAGGAAGCAAUACUGUAGUAAAGCUGGCCAAUGUAGGGAACAGAGUUCUUAUUGAAGACGACUGCGUUCUAGAAAACCUCUCAAUAAUCUAUGAAUGUUGCGUAAUACGAAAGGGCACGGUUGUUCCUCCCAAAACAAUAAUUCCUCCGUACAGCGAAGUCAGUGGAGUUCCAGGGAAGGACUUUAGGAUCUCAAGCUUGAAUUCCUGCUACAAGAGAUUGAUUGAAAUAGAAGCCAAAGAGCUACAGAUAUUAGGCUCUUGA